UUACACUGUCUGGAUGAGUAGGCUACACACCACGCGCAGACGUCUGUGUAUGCAAUGUAGAGGAACGUAGGUCCACGCGUGGAUUCGAUAGGAUGGCAUCAAAACACUAACAGGAUUACAUUUGUCCGGACAGAUUAAGUAUGGACGACAGUUUACAUUUUGCAUAGCUGGGUUGUUCGAAGAUCGAAUGCUGGAGGCCUAACCGAGUGGGAUAAACGAUUUGGACUCGUCAGGAACGCAGCAGCUGCUGUCAGCUGAGGAGGAUGCUUGGGUGCGAAUCAGGGUUGGGGCUGCGCUACAGGCUGACCUUUGUGUCAGGGCUACUGGAGUGCCUGUGUUUUGCUGGUGUGGUGUUUGGAUGGGCCUCACUGGCCUUUGUCCUCAAAGCGGAUGGCUACUUCAGUGACCUCUGUGUGAACAAGACAGAGUCCAACAGCACUCUUCUGAAUACAGAUUGCAGUGGGCAAGAUGAGCAGUUCUCCUUGGUCUUCACCAUUGCUUCCUUCCUCAACAACUUUCUCACCUUGCCCAAUGGCUUCAUUUUUGACCGCUUUGGGACCCUAGCAACAAGAUUUAUGGGAAUAACCCUUUACACCACUGGGACCCUGUUGGUGGCGACAUCCAGUGCAGCACUGUCCACCUUGCUCUUCCCAGCUCUGUCCUUCAUUGCUGUCGGUGGCAUUUUGUUGCUCAUAACAAAUAUGCAGGUGGGGAACCUCUUUGGCACACAUCGCUCUACCAUCAUCACCCUCUACAAUGGUGCCUUUGAUUCUUCCUCUGCCAUCUUUUUUAUUAUCAAGGUGCUGUUUGAAGGUGGGAUUUCUCUGCGUCUCUCCUUCCUUGUCAUUUCUGCAUGCAGUGUCAUCCAUUUCCUUCGCACCAUCUUUCUCAUGCCCAUAACACACAUUCCUCAUCCCAUCCCAGAGGGCUACGCAUAUGGAGUCAGCUGUGGAAAGUCCAAUAGCUACAAUGUGGAGGAGUAUGAGAGCUCCCGAGCAGUUGAGCAGUCAGGGGGAGCCAAGGGACAGAGGGAGAUGGAUGAACUUUCAUCACAGCUAGAGGAUGGACACCGGCCUCGGGACACUCCAGAGGAAGAACCAAGUUUCCGGUCCUGCUUCCUUUCCUGGUUCUUCUUUUGGCACCUGCUGUGGCUCUCUGUCAUGCAGCUCCGCCACUACCUCUUCAUUGGCACCUUGAACCCAAUGCUCAACCGCCUGGCCAACCAAGACCCCACCCUGGUGAGUCAGUACACCAACGCCUUCGCCUUCACUCAGUUGUUUGGAGUUCUAUGUGCUCCUUGGAAUGGCCUCCUCAUGGAUAGACACAAGGGCAAGCCAUUGCCAUCAGGAAUGACGGAUAGGGAGGCCGACCUUCGCUCCGCUGUCCUCUCCCUCUUCCUCACCUCCCUCCAGUGCCUGCUGUUCUCUAUCUGUGCCACGUCCCCUCUUCUCCCUCUCCAGUACCUCACCUUCAUUCUGCAGGUCGUCAACCGAUCCUUCCUGUAUGGUGGAAAUGCCGCCUUUAUCAGUAUCGCGUUCCCAGGCCAACAUUUUGGGAAGUUGUAUGGCUUGGUGAUGUCACUAUCUGCUGUAGUGUCGCUACUUCAGUACCCCUGCUUCGCCCUGGUUAAAGCACUAGAUGGGGAUCCAUUAUAUGUCAACAUUGCCUUGACUCUCCUCACUUUACUGGCUUUUAUCCAUCCCCUGUACAUCUACAUCCACUGCAGGAGACUGGCAAAUGAGAGAGAGACAUUCUCGGACAUUCCUUUGAGGGAGGCCAGUCUCUAGAGGGGAUUAAAAUCCUGGUAGUCUGACCAGCUCAAACCAGCUGUGAGAGUUUUUGGUCUAAAAUCAGCAAGCUACUACCUAAAAGGCAAAAUUUGCAUACUGAUAAAGCAUUGAUGAAAGCAUGCUAGCUGGUGUCCUCUUGGUAAUAUAGUUGGCAAUGCCAAGCUGUGUUAGCUUGUCUUACAUUUUUGCAGGUACCACAUCUACAUGGUAAGCAAGCCUAAGGGACAAGUAGGAACGACGGCCUAGUUAUCUGUACUUCACAUAAGCAUAUAACAUCAAAAUGAACCUGAAGAUGAUACUAAAAUUAGUUGCCUAUAAAAUGUACACAAGAAUGCAAUACAUUCCAGCAUGCUGUUGUAUUCAAUAUGUGAAUACGAAAAAAAAAAAAUCAUUUUAGCAUAGUUUUUUAACAGCUGUUCUCAAUUGUUUUGUUUUUAUAUAUAUAUUAGUAUUUUCAAUCUUUUAGAUGUGCUGGUUACAUGUGUCUCAGGUCUGUCAAGCAUAUUUGAAUGCAAAUUGGCUAUAGGCUGCUGCUGCACAGCAUAUUAAAGCUGAUUUUCUGUUAUAUUGCCAAUCUGGACUUCACCUGUGUUACAUUUGUACAAAACCAAACAAAAUUAAUAAAAAAUAUGUAAAAUACA